AUGGCUGGUGCAUCUUCCUCCAGUGAUGGAGGCUACAGGAUCUUUGAUGGGGAGCAAGAGGGCUCCAAGGAGUACAAACGCUGGAAGGUCUGGGCCAAGGGGGCCUAUGUGUACACUUUGCUACAGGGCAAAGCAUUGGAGUGUGUUGAGCACUUGGAUCCUUCUGACUACCAGAAGGAGGGAGGGGACCUUGUGUUGUUCAAUUUGUUGGAUGCUCGUUUUCCUGCCGAGGAAGCUUCGGACGAGAUGAGCGAGAUCAUGACUCAGGUGUUCAAUUUGAGAGCUGCUGAGGGAGAGACCCUCAAGACAUGGGCCUCCCGCGUGACAGAACUAUUUGUCAGAUGUCAAAGGAAAACCAAUGUGGCAUUUCCUGAAGAGGCCAGGGGCUGGAUCAUCCUUCAUCGAUCUGGACUCAACGAUGAACAAAAGGCAGUUUGCUUGGCCCGAUCGCUGGGAGUGUUGAAGCUCGAGGAGAUCUCCAAGGCCAUGAGGUCAUGCUAUCCAGAGUUUGUUGCACCUCGACGCAAGUCGUUCGCUGCCGGUCUGAUCGAGAACGAUCGAGGUGACCUUUACACCGAGCUGGAGGAGCAGGACGACUCGUUGCUGGAAGUCGAACAGUUCCUUGCUGAACACCAAUAUGACGAAGAAGCUGAUGCAGGAGAGGAUGAGGAGCCCUACGACGAGGCAGAAGUCGCUGAAGCCUUCGCAGUGACCUGGCGAGACAAACGAAAGGAGCUGAAUCGCCUGCAAAAAGAACGCAACCCUGAGCAUCCGACCUUGAGAAAAAACAAUCCAGAUUGA